GGAUGAACUAUGGCUAAGAGACUAGAGCGUGAUUAACAGCUCCAGACCUUAGUUGGGAUGAGCCGUAGAGGAUCGUUCUCAGCCAUGGGUUCAUGGUUGGGAUGGUCUCUUGGCUGUCUGACAGGCUUCUAAUCUUUUUGCUGUUUGUGUCAAAGCUACCAUGGGAAUAGACAUUCUGAUAUUAGAUGAUUACUUGAUUAGAUCCUCAGGCUCGCAGCAAGAAAUCUGUGCUUUGUUGCAACCCUUUGACACCUUUUAUCAAACAAUGGGUAGGCAUCGUAAGAAAUCUGUACUUUGUAGCAACCCUUUCACACCUUUUAUCAAACACUUGGAAGCUAUGCAAUUUUCAAUUUUGGCAGGAAACACAGCUGCUGACUUAACUGGAGAAUUUGCCAGUUCUUUUACUUUGAGCAGUAACAUUUCAGUUGUUAGAAGCUCCAAUUAUAGUAUUAUGGGUGUUCCAGAUCAGAUCUCCUUAUCUUGGUUAAGGUCACAAGACGGGAUUUACCUACAUCCAAAAGGAUUGUGGAGUUUCCCUCUUCAUCCAAAAAAGAACACACACACCUAGUUGGAAGCCCACUUAGCCGAAAGCUCAUCUAUCUCAAAUCCCCUGAACCCCUACUUGCGAUACAAGAAUAUAAGGUCAGGCGGAUGGAGCAUACAAAACAUGAAGCUCUCGUAAGUUAAGGAUAAAAGACAAAUAUUUCCUUUGUAAGUAAAUAGGUACCCCAUAUAGAUAGAUAAGGAAUCGACUUUGAUAAUAUU